UUGGAAGUCUCCUGCCACUGCAGGGAGGGCUUCAGACUUGACUCUGAUCAAACAACCUGUACAGAUAUCGAUGAGUGCUCUGAAAGGAGGCACAACUGCCAGUCAGGCUGCUCCAAUACCGAUGGCUCGUUCGUCUGCACAUGUCCGGACGGCUACAUGCUUACUUCUGAUGGGCGUACCUGCAAGUGUGGGGGUGUGUUCACUGACGCUAGUGGAAGUUUUUCCACCCCCAAUUGGCCGGUUCGAUACCCUAAUGAAAACUUUGAGUGCGAGUGGAUGGUCAGCCUCCUAAAUCCCGAGGCCACCAUUCUGUUCACCAUCGAUGACACUGCCUACGGAAUAAACGGACGCAGUCCCUGCCCCACAGACCAUGUCCAAUUCUUUGAUGGCAUGGGCAAUGAUGCUGCCUCCAUGGGCAAACUGUGCAAGUUUGACCGGCCGUCAGAUCCACUCGUGACAUCCACAUCUGAAGGGAAAGUGAUAUUCAGGGGAUCACGACAGAGCACUCGUCCCGUCAGUCGAGUUGGUGUAAUGGUCCACUAUACCACUGUGAUGCCAAUAACAGCUCCCCCUCCAACAACCACUGCCACUACUAACCCUCCAACAACCACUGGAUCUACUAACCCUCCAACAACCACUGGAUCUACUAACCCUCCAACAACCACUGGAUCUACUAACCCUCCAACAACCACUGGAUCUACUAACCCUCCCACAACCACUGGAUCUACUAACCCUCCAACAACCACUGGAUCUACUAACCCUCCAACAACCACUGGAUCUACUAACCCUCCCACAACCACUGGAUCUACUAACCCUCCCACAACCACUGCCACUACUAACCCUCCAACAACCACUGGAUCUACUAACCCUCCCACAACCACUGGAUCUACUAACCCUCCCACAACCACUGCCACUACUAACCCUCCAACAACAAAUCCCACAACAGAAGCAAUAACCACUCCACCUCCUGUCAAUGAAUGCCUCAAAAAGAACGGCGGCUGCCAACACGAAUGUAUUGACACACCAACUUCGCACUACUGCUCCUGCAGACCUGGGUACUCACUGGACAGUGACCACAGGACAUGUAACAUCGACUGUGGAGGAGAACUGACUGGACCAUCAGGAAGCUUCCAGACUCCAGACUGGCCUGAGCGCUACCCACAAGCAAACUUCAGAUGCGUCUGGAGGAUAACCCGCCCGGACUCCUCACGGUUGAUCAGGUUUACCGUCGACAGUAAUCACUUUGGGAUCAAUGGGCGCAAUCCUUGCACAGACUAUCUUCAGUUCUUCAGGGGUUCUAGUCAAUCGAACCCAGUUGGAGACAAGUUGUGCUUCUUACGUCCGCCCACAGACCCAAUAGAGAUCACGAGCACAGAGGCAACCAUCGAGUUCACCGGUUCAUAUAACAAAAACCGGCCAGCGAGUCGGGUCGGAAUCAAGGUCUACUAUGAGAUUGUGUAA